AUGCGUGGUCCAUUGUGUCUGCAAUUUUCAGCAACCUACAAGGAAGCUCAUGAGAAAUUAGACCGGGCACAAUACGAGUCGGACCUCAACUCAGAUGUCAAUGAAGGUGGGAAAAGGAAGCGCCAUGCGCCCAGCCGCUUAGUUGAGGAGGACGAUGAGCUUGCAGUUGUAAGGUCCAAAUAUUCCCGUGUGGUGGCUCUCCCUGACACAUCAGACUCUGAGGAAAUCGAAAAUCCACUUCAUGAUGUACCUGAUAUACCUCCGGUGCCAUCAAGUUUCCCACAGUGCUACAGAGGAACUGGAAUAUUGGAGAGUAGCCAUCGUAGGUUUGCUCAGGAUCCUCAAGGUAGUAUAAACCAAACAUUCAACAAGCCCACCACAGGAGUACUGGAACAAAUGCAUGGCUCAUCAGCUACUAGGAUCAGUGGUGAACACAGUGCUUCUCAAAUGGACGAAGACAUGUCUACAGAAGAGUUUCGGAAACAAGUCCUGCGUCUUUUGCACUUGAUCAGAAUUACACAAGAAGGAGAUAGUGCAGUCAUUGAUAAACUCGCCAAACAGAGGAUCACCACAAGCUCACUUGAACAUGUGGAAGUGCUCAUAAAGCAGCCGUUUGCAACCUCGGAAGAGUUGGAAAAUUUCGAUGCAUCGCUGGACGAAAAAAAGGUCUCUUCUCGUCCAGGAGCUUGCUCGUAUAGGUGGAAAUGAUGUGGGACAGGCUACCCGCAGUAUACUGGCAUAUAUCUUGACAAACCAAGCGGCAGAGGACUACAGUUGGCAAGGCAAGAAAGG